UUUUGAAGUGAGAGGGGAGGACUGAAUCGGGGCAAACAGAGUACGGAUUUUUAUGUUGUUGGUUCUGGGCCGCUGGGUCUCACACGCAUUCAUACCAAGAGUCUCGACGUGCUUUCCAGCUCUGCUGCCGAGGACCAUUUUGCGUAACUUCAAUAAAAUCAAAUUCAUAGUUCACAUCCAUAGCGCCGUCUCCGUCAACGCUGUCAGCCCAAACAGAGCGACCAUGCCUGAGAGGAGGCCCUUCGUCCGGCUGCCCACUGACGUCUUCCCAGUCAACUAUGGGUUAUGUCUGAAGCCCGAUCUCAUUGACUUCACGUUUGAAGGAAAACUGGAAGCUGCGGUUGAGGUGACGCAGCCCACCAACCAGAUUGUGAUGAACUGCGCUGACAUCGACAUCAUCACAGCGUCCUUCGUACCAGAAGGGGGAGAAGAGGUCAACGCAACAGGGUUCAACUACCAGAACGAAGACGAGAAGGUCACCCUCUCGUUCCCCAGCACCCUCCAGAAAGGGUCGGCUAUAUUGAAGAUUGACUUUGUGGGGGAGCUCAACGACAAGAUGAAGGGGUUUUAUAGAAGUAAAUAUGCAAGUCCUUCCGGGGAAGUCCGCUACGCUGCUGUAACACAGUUUGAGGCCACGGACGCACGCCGGGCCUUCCCCUGUUGGGACGAGCCCGCCAUCAAAGCCACCUUCGACAUCACCCUGAUCGUGCCCAAGGAGCGCGUGGCGCUGUCCAACAUGAAUGUAAUCGACAGAAAGCCGUACCCCGAGGACGCCGGCCUGGUGGAGGUGAAGUUCGCCACCACACCCAUCAUGUCAACGUACCUGGUGGCCUUCGUCAUCGGAGAGUAUGACUUUGUGGAGGGGCAAUCGUCCGACGGUGUGCUGGUGCGCGUCUACACACCGUUGGGCAAGGCCGAGCAGGGGAAGUUUGCGUUGGAGGUCGCUAUCAAAACCUUACCCUUCUACAAAGACUACUUCAAUGUUCCCUAUCCGUUGCCUAAAAUUGAUCUCAUAGCCAUCGCUGACUUUGCCGCUGGUGCCAUGGAGAACUGGGGUCUGGUCACAUACAGGGAGACGGCACUGCUCAUUGACCCCAAGAACUCCUGCUCCUCCUCUCGCCAGUGGGUGGCUCUGGUGGUCGGACACGAGCUGGCCCACCAGUGGUUCGGAAACCUGGUCACCAUGGAAUGGUGGACCCACCUGUGGCUGAACGAGGGCUUUGCGUCCUGGAUAGAGUACCUGUGUGUGGACCACUGCUUCCCCGAGUACGACAUCUGGACCCAGUUCGUCUCCGCCGACUACACUCGUGCCCUGGAGCUGGACGCCCUGGACAACAGCCACCCCAUUGAGGUGAACGUCGGCCACCCGUCGGAAGUGGACGAGAUCUUCGACGCCAUCUCCUACAGCAAAGGCGCGUCGGUCAUCCGCAUGCUGCACGACUACAUCGGAGACCAGGAUUUUAGGAAAGGAAUGAAUGCCUAUCUAUUGAAGUUCCAGCAUAAAAAUGCAUCGACAGAGGACCUAUGGGACUGCCUGGGACAGGCGAGUGGGAAGCCAAUCGCGGAGGUGAUGAGCUCUUGGACCCAACAGAUGGGCUUCCCUAUUAUAGUAGUGGACCAGGAACAACAAGGAGACGACCGCAUCAUCAAGCUCUCUCAGAAGAAGUUCUGUGCCAGUGGACCACACACCGCCGAGGAGUGUCCCAGUUGGAUGGUGCCCGUCAGCAUCUGCACCAGCGACGACCCUAGCCACGCCUGUCACAAGGUGCUGCUGGAUGGAACGGACGCCACCAUCACCCUCAACAAUGUCCGGCCAGACCAGUGGGUCAAGAUAAACCCGGGUACCGUAGGGUUUUACCGGCUCCAGUACAGCACCUCCAUGCUGGAGAGUCUGCUGCCGGGGGUCCGGGACCUCAGCCUGCCCCCUGUCGACCGUCUGGGACUGCAGAACGACCUCUUCUCCCUGUCCCGUGCAGGGAUGAUCAGCACGGUGGAUGUGCUGCGGCUCAUGGAGGCCUUUAUCAACGAGCCCAACUACACGGUGUGGAGCGACCUGAGCUGCAACCUGGGCGUGCUGUCCUCCCUGCUCUCCAACACAGACUUCCACGAGGAGAUCCAGGAGUUCAUCAGGGACCUGUUCACGCCCGUGGGCCUUAGCCUGGGCUGGGACAGCAAGCCCGGGGAAGGCCAUCUGGAGGCCCUGCUGCGGGGCCUGGUCCUAGGGAAGCUUGGCAAGGCGGGCCACAAGGCAACGCUGGAGGAGGCUCGCCUCCGCUUCAAGGAGCACGUCGAGGGGAGGCAGGUCCUGUCUGCCGACCUCCGCAGCCCGGUGUAUCUAACGGUGUUGAAGCGGGACAGUGCAACACUGGACACCAUGCUGAAGCUCCACAAGCAAGCAGACAUGCAAGAGGAGAAGAACCGCAUCGAGAGGGUCCUGGGAGCCAUCUCCGCCCCAGACCUCAUCCAGAAGGUGCUCUUCGCCCUGUCGGACGACGUGCGGCCCCAGGACACGGUGUCUGUCAUCGGGGGCGUGGCCGAGGCAGCAAGAGGGCCGGAGGCCGCCUGGAAGUUUGUGAAGGACAACUAGGAGUUACACAACCGCUACCAGGGCGGCUUCCUCAUCUCACGCCUCAUCAAGCUCUCUGUAGAUGGAUUCGCUAAUGAGAAAAUGGCAGCUGAGGUCAAGAGCUUCUUUGAGAGCCACCAGGCCCCCGCGGCCGAGCGCACCGUGCAGCAGUGCUGCGAGAACAUCCUCCUCAACGCCGCCUGGCUGAAGAGGGACACCGACGACAUCCACCAGUACCUGCUGCAGCGGAAAGGCCCUCCUACCGUCUGAGCCGCGCCCUGCUUCUUCACCACCUCCUCCUCCUCCGCCCCCCUGCCCUGUCUAGCAGCCGGCUCCCUCUCUCCAACCCCCCCGCCACGGGAGAGCAGAUGAAACAGCUUCUUCUCUUUCUUUCUUUUCCUCUUUUGUUUUGCCUCUUCUUCAAAGAAACUGAUAUAAAAAGAAAAAAAAUAACUAACGCAAGAAGACCAACGCCAAGAAUUUAGCCAAGUAUUGGACACCUAGAGACUCUGCUGCUACAGAGAGUCCUCGCUGCUCCCAUUCUGCCCUCCCUCAACGCUAGGACACGCCUCCUGGGGACACGCCUCCUGGGGACACAACUCCUGACCAGACAACCGUCGGUGAUUUCACUAUACAGCACGCACAGACACACAUGCACACAUGGAACAUUCACACACAGACUAAAACAACACACACACACACACACACACUGCUAGAUUACUGCCCUGGUUCACUGGGCCUAAUGCAUAUCCACCACCAGUUGUUUUGGAAAGAAACUGAAUCCCGUGUUCUUCAUGCAUGAUUCCGUGUUUCUUUGUGACCUUUCUUCCAUUCUCAAUUUCAUGUCCAAU